CGGUAGUCUGCGAUGAUAGAGACUGAUCUUAAGGUCAGCACCAUGUAGAUACGUAUAGUGUUAAAACAAACAACGUUUUAAGUGAAAUAUAGAAUUGUAUUAAUAUUUGUUAAGAUGGCAUACGUUUUUCUGUUGUUCUUAUGCGUUUUAAGUGUUGUUUCGGAAAAAACUACGUUUGUGAAUGUUAAAAUCACGCUAAGUUCUAAGAAGCAACAAGAUCUAAGUGAGCAAGUCGUAAUAACAACAAAGAAUCUUCCAAGCAGCAUCAAGAAUUAUAAUCCAGACAUCUACGAUGCCAUCAAAAUUGAACAUCAAGUUCUUCCUAUUGUUUACGGAAACGCUUUUCAAAAUUUGAACACGUCACACCUGGCCAUAGUCGAUACUGAUUUGAAGGAGUUCGAACCUGGUGCGUUUAAUGAUCUUAAGAGAUUGGAAACUUUAACAGUAGGGGCGAACCUCCUGAAGUCUAUUAGGAAAGGGAUCUUUAAUAAUUUGCCGAUUACCAAGUUGUAUUUGGAUGACAAUAAAAUAAAGGUUAUUGAAGGCGGUUCUUUUGAUGGCAUGCACCGAUUAACUCACAUAGUACUAAGUAUGAAUAAAAUAAGAGUAUUGGAAAGAGGUCUAUUUAGAGAUUUGGCCGAACUUACCUCCAUUAGACUUGAUUUUAAUAAAAUAGAACGAAUUGAAGAAAUGGCGUUCCAAAACUUGCCAAAUUUACACCGUCUGGAUUUAGAUAAUAACAACCUAAAAAUUCUACAAGCAACUUCAUUAGUAAAUCUCCCUACAUUGACUGUGCUUCUCCUUCAAGUGAACGAAUUGGAAAGUAUUUCUUUGAAAAACCUCGACAGUUUAGCCGUGUUGUGGUUAUACGAGAACAAAUUGAAGAAGUGGGAUAUGCAUAUGUUGAACGAUUUAAAGAGUGUUAAAAAAAUUAACGCCACAAACAAUAAUAUCGGCGUUUUGGAUUGCACAUGUUCAAAUGGAUUUGAUGUUGAGUUCUUUGAUUUGUCUUAUAACAAAAUCAAAAAUAUCAGCGAAGGCUGUUUCAACGGAUCAACAAUUGAACAUUUAAAACUAAGCAACAACAAAAUAAGUAACAUAUCUGUAGAGUCAUUCCAUUCAGCUAACAUUAAAGAACUCCAUCUUCAAAACAACCUAAUAACCGAAAUCAAAAACGGGACAUUCGCAAACCUCCAAAUGAGCCAACUGCUUCUCGAAAAUAACCAGAUAGUUGACAUCGAAACGGGAGCUUUCGAGAAUUCGACGUUUCAAUCCAUAAACCUAGAUGGGAAUAAACUUAGAUCAAUCAGACACGGCGUUUUCGAUAAUACCAAAGUGGCGUUCAUUUCGAUAUUGAGAAAUGACGGGAUUAACGAAAGAGCAUUCAACAACGUGUCGAACCUUUGGGAUUCCAAAAGUGACACGAACAAAUUAGAUGUUCGAAGAACUACCGAUAAAGUAUUGGCGGAUGAGCCGUUUUAAACAAAAACCGCAUUUUGUAUAGUAAAUACAUCUUUAUUUGGAAACUGUUGUUUUCUGUUUGUAUUCUGUUGUAAAUAUAAAGCUUAAGUAAGAUACUAUUUUAGCGUUUUUGAUGUGGACGUCAUUAAAUGAUACAAAAAAAUUAGUACAU